AAAGAGAAAAUAGUUCAUAAAUGAAAAUAGAGAUGAUAACUAAAUUAAUUGAGUUUAAUUAGUGGAAAGAUGAAAUAUUGAGAUUCUUUUAAAUAUUAUUGAGAGAAAAUAUGAGUUAAUAGAUAUGAAAAUAUGAGAAAUAAAAACAAAUGUUGAGACAAUGCAAACAGAACAGGUCAAGAAGAUAGCGAGAUGGAAGUAGGAUACAUGCUUUCUCCCCACACUACUGCAGUCUGCAGAUUAGCAAAGCGUGUUCAAAUUGCCAUAAGUUAUUGGCUCUAGCUACGAUGGCAACACCAUUAACGCCAAAAUCUUAACUUAAUAAAAUACCUCAUCAAAUCUUCUAGCUUUCCUUUGCUUUUCCCCCCCAUUCUAGAGUCAUCAAUGCCUUAAUUGAGACUGUUUGUGCAUCACUGCCAUUCAUAGUUGUUGACCCUCAACUCCGAGAGAAGGACAACUCCUGAUUAGCUCGAACGCCAGCCAUCAACUCUAGCACAAAUCUGGACAUAGCCCUCUUUCAACCAUUCUACCAGUCGCACGGAAGUUAAAAGCAAGCACCAAAUAUAGACAUGGAACAGCCUUUUGCUAUCCAGUGUGGUUCGACGAAAUUUCGCACCGCAGUAGGCUGGCCAUAGGCUUCCCCAUUCAGCUAGCUUUAACCAUGGCUUCUGCAGGUCUUCAACUGCUUCGCAAUCCCUUUUUCCCUCUUCUGGUAUGGUAGUAAAUAAUGCCACCAGCUUCCGAGUGCUUGCUAGCGACCAAGCUUCUUUUACAGUUUUACCCCGUCUCUCACCCCGCCAAACAACCAUAUAUAAAGAGCACUGUGUUCAGCUCGGGAAGUAAAUAGCAUUUACUGUAGUCCGCCGGCCGGAAGGUGUAUCAUGGGAUCACGAAGAUCAUCUGGGUUUCGUCCGUUGCUGCUGCUUCUGGUCGUGAUUUCACUGUGCAUUCAUCUCGCCCACGUCUCUGUUCUUGCUGCUGCUGCUGCUGCUGAUCGGACUCCCUGUUCUCGUGAUCACAAUGCGGUAGCCCCUGAAGGAGAGUUGCGCUUAUGCGAGUCGAUCAAACGCCGGGAGCUGUCCUCCGUAAGCAUGAAAGGCGGCGGCGGCGGGCGGGGAGGAGGUGGCGGCGGGCGCGGAGGAGGCUUUGGGUUCCAUUUUGGGCGGCACAGGCAUAGCGGUGGAGCUGAGCUGACUGGUGCGAGCCUAACGGGACAUCUGGCCCUCGCAGUAAUCCUGGCUGCUGCUUUACUUGUCUGCUAAUUUUAGCUUUAAGUUCAGUUUGGCUUGUUACCCCUUAGACUAAAUCAGUGUACUUACAAAGAUAAAAAGUGGUGUUUCAACGCGAACAUAUCUCAAUUAUCAGAUGGACGAUUAAUAUAGUACGUAGUAUCAUUGACGGUGUACAUAAUCAUUCAACUUCGAUUCGAACUUCGUAGAUAAUAAAUUAGACACCACAAUCAAGUAGCUAAGAUGUC